CAAAAGUGGAAGCAAUCCAUGAAGCUCCAAGCCCAAAAAACAAAACGGAGCUUCAGGCUUUCCUUGGGUUGCUCAACUUUUACGCCAUUUUUUUAAAACAGAAAGCCACAGUUGCUGAGCCACUCCACCGCCUGCUGGGAAAAUCGGCUUCCUGGAAGUGGGGCCAGGAAGAGGAAGCGGCAUUCCGGGCCAUCAAAGGACUAUUGACGUCCAAAAGCGUACUCAUUCAGUACAGCGAGACGCUUCCCAUCAGACUGACCUGCGACGCGUCGCCUUACGGGGUGGGGGCAGUCCUCAGCCACGAACUGCCCAAUGGCUCGGAAGCCCCAAUCGCGUACUUCUCAAAGACUAUGUCUGGCGCAGAACGGAACUAUAGCCAGCUGGACAAAGAAGCCCUGGCCAUCGUGGCUGGAGUGAAGCGCUUCCACGAAUACCUCUACGGAAGAAGCUUCACCAUAGUCACAGACCACAAGCCUCUCCUGGGACUCCUCGCAGGCGACCAACCAACCCCGACCUUCAUGUCCCCGAGAAUGACGAGAUGGGCAAUCUUCCUAGCGGGCUACUCCUAUAGGCUCGUGCACCAGCCAGGCACAGCCAUAGGAAACGCCGACGCCCUCAGCAGAUGCCCGUCGAAGAAGCCGGUCGAAGACCCAGCCCCCACACUCCACCUACUGCACAUUGAUGACGACGCCAGCUGCCCGGUGUCAUCCGCAGAUGUGGCCGUCCACACCCAAAAGGACCCCACACUCCGCACAGUGAAAUCCUGGAUCCUCAGAGGGUGGCCGUCGGGAAAGCCAGAGGAAAGAUUCAGCCCGUUCGCCAGGAAACAGGAGGAGCUGUCCACCAUGAAGGGCUGUCUGCUAUGGGGAGACAGGGUGCUGAUUCCAAGCACUCUGCAACGGCGAACGUUGGAGACCUUGCACAAGGGGCACCCGGGCAUCGUCCGCAUGAAGGCACUGGCACGGAGUUAUGUCUGGUGGCCCUCCAUGGACAAAGACAUUGAACAAUGGGUCUCCAGAUGUGACCCGUGCCAAGAAGUUCGCCCAGCGCCGCCGCAAUCCGAGGUCGCGAAGUGGGAGACCCCCGGCAACCCCUGGUCGAGGGUCCACAUUGACUUCGCGGGUCCGAUGCAGGGGCGACACCUCCUCAUCGUGGUAGAUGCCUUCUCCAAAUGGCUCGAGGUGGUGCCCAUGGCAUCUACCACAACGGAUGCGACGAUCCGAGCCCUGCGCCGUCUCUUCGCCACUCAUGGUCUACCGGAUGUGCUGGUCUCAGACAACGGCCCCCAGCUCACAUCCUUGACCAUGGAAUCCUUCCUGGCGGGACUGGGCAUCCGCCACGCCCUGUCCGCCCCUUACAGGCCGGCCGGAAACGGACAAGCGGAACGCAUGGUCCGACUGACCAAAGAGGCCCUCACCAAGAUGGGCCCGGGGGACUGGCAAGAGCGCAUAGACAAUUUCCUCCUCACCCAGCACAUCACGCCACACGCCACCACCCACAAGAGCCCGGCCGAACUGUUGAUGGGCAGAAGGUUGAGGUCACCCUUGGACGGCUGCACCCCCAAUACAGCCCGGAAGUGACCGCAACCGCCAGCCGCCCGCUUCGCGCCUUCAGCAACGGAGAUUCAAUUUUCGCGCUGAACUUCAGCGGCUCUCCUAAGUGGCUGAAGGGGAAGAUUGCCAGCACAACCGGCCCCAAAUCAUACAUCGUCGAGUUGGAAGAUGGACAGUUCGCGAGACGUCACAUCGACCAACUCCGAAAAAGGUGGGGGGGAGCGCAUGAAAACCAGCCUGACGAGGGAGGCCUACAACACCCCGAUGAGGUAGACCUCCAACACCCCAGCGAGGUAGGCCUACCACACCCAGACCCGGUAGGCCUACAACAACCCGGCGAGGUAGGCCUACGACACCCCGACGAGGUAGGCCUACCACACCCCUGCGAGGCAGAGCAGCACCACCCCGUCAAGGUCGGCCCAGCCCACUACCAGAUGCUGUCACGCCGGCAGCCCAGCGAGGUAGACCGGGGCCAACCGCACGGAGGAUGGCAACAACAACCCAGCCAGGUGGGCACCGGGCACAGCAAGGCCAGGGACCACCAACCCAGCCCGCAGGUAGACCGGGACCUGCCCAGAGGAGGAGCAACGCACCCCACCAGUGACAGCAGCCCAUGCCAGCCCAGCCAGGGAGACUGCAGUUCAAGGCGAGUAGACCGGGACCCAGCCAAGACGGGCAACCCACGACCCACGGGCGAGGGUGGCACACUACUCACCGACGUGGGGGACCCCCGCCCAUCACAAGAGACAGCCAAGAAACGACACCCCGACCAGGAUGGCCCCAGGCACCAACCAACGGUAGACCAGGGACUAGGGGGAAGGGGAAGUCGACAACAACCCGGCCAGGGAGACCUGCACCACCCCGGCAGGGGAGACCUCCGCCGCCCCGCGGAGGUAGCACCGCAACAACACCCCGACCAGGUCGACCACCGCCAGCCAGACAAGGUAGACCGACGCCAGCCCAACCGAGGGGGCCAACGCCACCCCUGCGAGGUCGGACAGCACAACAACAACAACGAGAGCCAGCACCACCCGAACCGAGCGGAACCGCCACCCGAGCGGCAGCAAGCCGGACCGAGACCGCACCACAGCGCCCGGGAGACCAGGGAAGAGCAAGAAAUGGACUUACCGAGACUCAGACGCUCUUCCCGGGUCGGAACCGAGCAGCCGAGGCGAGGCGAGAGAUCCACAGGACAGGAGGAAGACCACCAGGACCAGCGAUCCAAGGUCUGCGGUCCGGCCGGAGGCGCUGGGGGUGGCCCCGCUCACUCGACAGCCGAACCGAGCCCGGUUCCGGAGAGGGAACCAGGAGACGAAAGAGCCCCGUCCUUCCAGGCCGGAGACGGAGGAGAAGUGAGACUGCGCAGGUCAGCUAGGGUGCCGAGGCGUCCGGCGUACCUGCGCGACUACGUAACGUUUGUGAAUGAGAUUGACAUUUCGGACUAAGGGGGGAGGAGUGUUAUGUCCUUAUAAGGACAUCCGCCCUGAUUGGCUGCCAACCAUCGGGCGGGAGAUUUGAAUCCCUGUCAAGGGGCGGUGCGUCUGCCGGGAGCGAAUAUAAGGAGAGCUCCGGCAGCGCGCCAGCAGUCUUGACUCGUUACUUUGUAAUGAAUAAAAGUUGCUUUAUGUA